CAACUCUUUACUUUCACUUUAAUUUUUUUUAAAGAUGUCAGCCUCCAUGCGGUUGCCUUUGGUUGUAAUUCUUGGAGCAACAGGGUCCGGAAAAUCUAAAUUGGCGUUAGAAAUUGGACGUUUAUUUAAUGCUGAAAUAAUAAGUGCCGAUUCAAUGCAGAUUUAUAAAGGUCUUGACAUCAUUACAAACAAAGUAACAAAUGAAGAAUUGAAACAAUGUCCUCAUCACAUGAUAGAUUACCUGGAUCCUCUGAAAGAAAAUCAUACUGUCGUGGAUUUUAGAGACACGGCUGUACCUAUUAUAGAUAAAAUAUUUAAAUCAAACAAGAUUCCAAUUAUUGUAGGUGGCACAAACUAUUACAUUGAAGCUUUAAUGUGGAAAUUUCUUAUUGAUAAACAGGAUAUUGAAAAGGCAUCUGCAAAACUUCCCAAACUAUCUACAGUUGAUGUUACCUCUGAGACAGCAACACAAUGCAGGGAAUCAGAAAACCCAGAAGUAAAAAAAGAAAUAAUUGAACAGGAUGAAUGUAACAGAAAUUGUGAUGUUGAAAGUGUUGACAACAGUUUCAAACAGUCAUAUGAGGAAGAAGAUACACUUGUUCUACAUCAAAAACUGAUGGAAAUUGAUGAAAAACAAGGAAGAAGGAUACAUCCUCGUAACAAACGAAAAAUAAUUAGGGCUUUAGAAGUAUACCAAAACCAUGGUGUAGAAAUGAGUAAAAUUUUAGAAAGUCAGAAAUCAGAGAUAGGAGAAGAAUCUCUUAGAGGACAGCUUCGUUAUGACAACACAUGUAUAUUCUGGAUACAAGCCGAUAAACAAGUUUUAGAUUCACGAACAGAUAAAAGAGUAGAUGAGAUGAUAGAUAAAGGACUUUUAACAGAAUUACAGGACUUUCACAAACAAUACAACUCGUCUAGAAUCAAGGAUAAUAAUGAAGUAGACUAUACACAUGGAAUAUUCCAAAGUAUUGGAUUCAAGGAAUUUCAUGAUUAUUUACUUUUACCUGAUGUUAAAAGGGAUACAGAAAAAGGGAAACAACUUUUACAAAAAGGCAUUGAAGAAAUGAAAUUAGUGACAAGAAGAUAUGCUAGAACUCAAGUUCGAUGGGUAAAAAACAGAUUCUUAAGAUACAGAGGUUCCUGUCUCCCUCCAGUAUAUGGAUUAGAUUCUACUGAUGUGUCACAGUGGGAAGACAAUGUCAACAAACCAGCUAUAAAUAUACUCAAUUCUGUUCUGAAGGGAGAGAAGACUGAAUAUGAACCUAUUCCUGCAGAGCAAUCCUACAAUGUUCCUGUUUACAAUAUCUGUGAUGUCUGUGAUAUGGUGUUCACUAUGAAUCAGGAAUGGGAAGCACAUUUGAAGGGAAAAAAACAUAACGGAAUGCUUAGAGCAAAAAGAAAAAGAGAGGAACGUGAGGAGUAUAAAAGACAAGUUGAAAAGAAGGAGAAACAUGAAAAAGAUACAUCACUACAAAAAGAAUUAGCUGUGACGAGUGCAAUAUUAGACUGUUAUGCAAAUAAAGCAUCUUCUAGCAACACGCAUGAGGAUAUUGUAAGACAGGAUACCAGUACUACAUCAGAUAAACAUAAUGUCAUAUGUGACCAGAACAAUGAAUCAGAUUGUAAACCAGAUGAGAAAGAUGAAAUGCCUGUUAUGUAUACUGCUGAAGAAAGUUGAUGGCAAUUUAUCUUAAAUAAAUUUGAAAUAUUUG